CGGAAGUGUGGUUGUGUCAGUUCCGUUAAGGAUGUCGAAGUUUUGUAGUUCCUGUGCUGUUGACCUGUCAGCGUUGUAGUACAAACUGUCACUGCUGGUCAUUUGUUUGUUCUCCUGGGAGUUGCAGUUUUCCGUCAGCUGCGCAGCGAGCACCAGGGCGUCUUACGGGACCGUUGUUGUUGCUGCCGUCAGCUAAUCAGCGAGCCUCACGGCUAAAGUUAGCUAACCCAGCCCACCAAGUUGACAGCUAGCUGGCUAGCUAGCUCGCGUUCGACGGCAGCUAGCAGCGUUAGCUACCUUUCUAGCAGUCGGCUCGCCAGGCAGUCGGAGGGCAGGAAACCGCCCACUCCUGUACAACAAAACCGCCAUUCCGGACAAAUAGUGAACGAUGGAGGCCCAAAGCACCAGCGAGCCGCUGCUGACCAGGAAGAGACGAAGAGAGGGCUCCAACCGGGAGAACGAUGAGGGCGAGAGGCUUGUGAAAAUCCCCAGAUGUACUGUGGGACUGAAGCACCCUGCACCUUUUGCUGAUGAGCUGGAGGCAGACGGUAAACCCUACGAGAGAGUGAACAUGGAGCAGGCCAAGAGGGGAACACCACCUGACAGACCAGUGCGGGUUUAUGCAGAUGGCAUCUUUGAUGUUUUCCACUCGGGUCACGCCAGAGCUCUCAUGCAGGCUAAAUGCCUCUUCCCAAACACACACCUCAUCGUCGGAGUGUGUAGUGAUGACCUGACCCACACAUACAAGGGCUUCACAGUGAUGAACGAGGACGAGCGCUACGAUGCCAUCAGACAUUGCCGCUACGUGGACGAGGUGGUGCGAAAUGCUCCCUGGACGUUGACGCCAGAGUUCCUCACAAGACAUCGCAUUGACUUUGUGGCCCAUGACGAUAUCCCAUACUCCUCAGCAGGCAGUGAUGAUGUAUACAAGCACAUUAAAGACGCUGGUAUGUUUGCUCCCACCCAGAGGACAGAGGGCAUCUCCACCUCUGACAUCAUCACACGCAUCGUCCGCGACUACGACGUGUACGUCCGACGUAACCUGCAGAGAGGAUACACAGCCAAGGAGCUCAACGUCAGCUUCAUCAACGAGAAGAAGUACCACCUGCAGGAGCGUGUGGACAAGGUGAAGAGGAAAGUGCGAGAUGUGGAGGAGAAGAGCAAAGAGUUUGUCCAGAAGGUGGAGGAGAAGAGCAUCGACCUCAUCCAGAAAUGGGAGGAGAAAUCCAGGGAGUUCAUUGGCAACUUCCUGCAGAUGUUUGGUCCUGAGGGAGCUCUGAAACACAUGUUGAAGGAAGGGAAAGGACGCAUGCUGCAGGCCAUCAGCCCCAGGCAAAGCCCCAACAGCAGCCCCACCCGUGAGGAGCGCUCGCCAUCUCCCACCUUCCGUCUCCCCUUCUUCAACAAGGCCUCCCCCCCGCCCUCGCCCCCGCCCCACCACAGCGGCGCCCGCGGCUACCUCAUCAGCGAGGACGACGACGAGGACGACGAAAACUAGGGCGCGGCUAACUCGUCUGCCUCGUUGGUCACUAACAGUCAGUGCUACCGGUUAGCUGAGAUGUGGAGUAGCGGGGUUUUCAUCGAGCUCCUGCUUCCUGUUUUCCUUUCUUUCUUUAUUUCACUUUGAUGUUUAGCAACUCAAGUGUCACGUUAACUGUAACGACCAGUUUCUCCACAACUCUUCUUUUUAACAGCCAAUUUUGUCUUUUUUUGUUUUUUCUUUGUCCUUGUGUAACGGUCAGUAAAAGUUCCCACCAGUCACUUGAUUUCUUUUCAAAAUUUCGUCUCAUCCGUCACCUUUAAUGCUGAUUCUAUUUGUCAAUGCCACUGGGUUGAUAUUUGCAGGUGUUAUACACUCGAUGCACGCGUCCAUCUAUAGCCGUCUUCUUCAGGUGUGCAUUGUAGAGCGGUGGGAGUUUGUUUUCUGUCAUCACUUUAGCGGGAGGGCUCUAAGGUUUUUGGUCACUGGUUGGAACGGUAUGUCGCCUUGGUGUGUGAAAGGCAACCUCAUGGACGCACUUAUUCAAUUCAUCCGGGGGAAAGGUUUGUUCAGAGAAGAGUCUGAAAAACUGAGGGUUUAAAUGUGCUGCUCAUGUGGCGGGGAAGUUUAUAAUCUACUCAUACUAACAUCAAAUCAACCUUGCCUAUUUUUUUUUUUUUUAACAACAGCGAAUUUGUUAAAUUAAAUCAGAGCUGAAUCUGAUAGUAACGGUGUUAAAUGUCCCACUAAUCAGCAGCUUAUUGCUCAAGCUGCUCCGCCUGCUCUUGGGUCGCGAGUGUCUGCGUGUACGUGCAUGUGAUGUUUUGCAUAAAAGCUCUAUAAUACAUUGGUAUGUUUGAAAUGUCUAAUGUCAACGUUCUUCAUCUGUUGAUACUGUAGUUAUGGGUUCAGCCUGACUUCACUGCAUAUAGUAAUACAUUUUUGAAAGAGUAGUUUCAAACUGGUUGCCUUUAAAAGGGCAGAAAAAAAACAUUCUUGCAACAUUUGCAGGGAUGACCUAUUGACAUGUCGACGUCAAACUUAUUUUUGUAGAUUUCAUUGUUUCCUUUCACUCUCCUCUGUAGAUAUUAUCCAACCCCUUUUCACAAGCACUUUUUCAGGCCGAGUAGUGAAUCAACGUGAGAAAGGUUGGAAUAGUUUUUUGGUUUUUUUGGUGAAAUGCAGAUCUGGGCCUUCGGGGAAUCAUUUCGAUGAUGUAAUGAAAAUGUAAAGUUUUAGGUUUUCAUUUAUCAAGAAACACACAGGUACCUUUUAUGAAUAAGGCACAUCAUCUGUUAAACCUACAAGGGAGAAACUCCCUCGUGGCUUUGGGGUUUUCCUAAUCGGGCACCGUUCUACAGGUCUUCACUGGAUGAGAUGAGUCCGUGCUCACAGUCGGCAUCUGUCUCAAGAUGUGAUUGUGGCGCUGGAAUGCACUGUGUUGUGUUUUGUCCAGAUGAAAGGGUUACGUUUUCUUUCAUCAGUGAAAAUCCAGAUCAACUUUUAUGUAGCUACCUCCUCCUUCCCUGGAAUGAUUCUGUUUAUCAUUUGGAUGAGCACAAAGUGUGAGCUGUUAUUCUUUCCUUACUCAUCAGAGCCAUUGUUGCAGCACUGAACCACUGUGACUGUGUCUGUGUGUGUGUGAACAUCCUGCAUCUCCUGUGAUAAAGCAUGCGUUGUCUCCUUAUAUAAUCGAUAAUGAAACCUCACAGGUGAUCUGAAGAUGUAACAUGACACUGUUCAAUGACUCAAAUACAAAUGUUGGCAGGGGACGGAUCAAUCUGUUCUGGGCUUGGUUUCUCAAAAGCACUUGUUCAAAUCGGGUCUUUGCCGCAGCGGCAGAGACGGCCUCUACACGUGUGCGCAUUUUUCAGAUUCGGGAAUAACCAUUAAGAAUUCAGUCAUAAAAAGCUCAACUUUUGUUAUCAGAGGUACAAAAGUUGAAUAAUUUGCAGCGGAAUUUUUGGUGCUAAGCUACUUUUGGGAAGCCUCGCCUUGAUUCUUGUGGAAUCUGUUCUUUUUAAAUCAGUGUGAACUCCUCAGCUAAGAGCAUGUCCAUGUUCAGAACGCGAGCUGGCGAAGACUGGAGUGGCAGGCCAGUUAACAACCAACUGCUACAAAGAUGGAAAAAAAAAUGUAAUUGUUUUAACAGCAAGUGGUUUAAUCAAGUAUUAUUUCACUGUUUGGGAUUUAUUUUUGUUUCAUGUCCUGGAUGUAGAGGAAGAGCGAGACAGGAAAAAUGUAUUAAACAAUGUUGGCCAAAGUA